CCGCCGCAGCGUUGCCAGAGGUUCGGCGGCCGCCGGACGGGGCGGACGUCGGGGCGGCUCCCGGCGGGCAGAGCGGGGAGCCAUGGCCGACGUGUUCACAGGCUCCGAGCCCGGCGCGGCCCCGGACGCGGCGCGGCGCUUUGCUCGCAAAGGGGCCCUGAGACAGAAGAACGUGCACGAGGUGAAGGAGCACAAAUUCAUCGCGCGCUUCUUCAAGCAGCCCACUUUCUGCAGCCACUGCACCGACUUCAUCUGGGGAUUUGGGAAACAAGGAUUCCAGUGCCAAGUUUGCUGUUUUGUGGUUCAUAAGAGAUGCCAUGAGUUCGUUACCUUCUCUUGUCCUGGAGCUGACAAGGGACCUGACACUGAUGACCCCAGGAGCAAGCACAAAUUUAAGAUCCACACCUAUGGGAGCCCAACCUUCUGUGACCACUGUGGGUCCCUCCUUUAUGGGCUCAUACACCAAGGGAUGAAAUGUGACACGUGUGAUAUGAAUGUGCAUAAGCAAUGUGUGAUAAACGUCCCGAGCCUCUGUGGCAUGGAUCACACUGAGAAAAGGGGAAGGAUUUAUCUGAAGGCUGAAGUCACUGGUGACAAACUGGAAGUAACAGUGCGAGAAGCAAAAAACCUCAUUCCCAUGGAUCCAAAUGGGCUUUCAGAUCCUUAUGUUAAACUGAAACUUAUCCCAGAUCCCAAGAAUGAAAGUAAACAAAAAACAAAAACUUUCCGUUCUACCCUGAAUCCACACUGGAAUGAGUCAUUCACAUUUAAAUUAAAACCUACAGAUAAAGACCGACGGCUCUCUGUAGAAGUCUGGGACUGGGAUCGAACAACCAGGAAUGAUUUCAUGGGCUCUCUUUCAUUUGGGGUGUCAGAGCUCAUGAAAAUGCCAGCCAGUGGAUGGUACAAGCUGCUGAAUCAAGAAGAAGGCGAAUAUUAUAAUGUUCCAAUUCCAGAUGCUGAUGAAGAUGGAAAUGCAGAGCUGCGGCAGAAGUUCGAGGGUAAAAGAACGGGCCGAGAUAAGAAAGCCAAACUUGGGCCAGCUGGUAACAAAGUCAUUACUCCGUCGGAAGACAGGAGUUCAACUGUGCCAUCCAACAAUCUGGACAGGGUGAAGCUGACAGAUUUCAACUUCCUUAUGGUUCUUGGAAAAGGAAGCUUUGGAAAGGUGAUGUUGGCGGACAGGAAGAAUACAGAGGAGCUCUAUGCAAUCAAAAUACUGAAAAAAGAUGUGGUGAUUCAGGAUGAUGAUGUUGAGUGUACAAUGGUUGAAAAACGAGUGCUAGCACUGCAGGAUAAACCACCAUUCCUAACACAGCUUCAUUCUUGUUUCCAAACAGUUGACCGCCUGUAUUUUGUUAUGGAGUAUGUGAAUGGUGGGGAUCUCAUGUACCACAUUCAGCAAGUAGGGAAAUUUAAGGAGCCACAAGCAGUGUUCUAUGCAGCUGAGAUCUCAGUUGGGUUAUUCUUUCUCCAUAAUAGAGGGAUUGUUUAUAGAGAUCUGAAAUUGGAUAAUGUGAUGUUGGAUUCAGAAGGACACAUUAAAAUUGCUGACUUUGGAAUGUGCAAAGAACAUAUGUUCGAUGGAGUAACAACCAGGACCUUCUGUGGCACCCCAGACUACAUUGCACCAGAGAUCAUUGCUUACCAGCCCUAUGGGAAGUCUGUGGAUUGGUGGGCAUAUGGAGUGCUGCUCUACGAGAUGUUAGCUGGCCAGCCUCCAUUUGAUGGAGAAGACGAAGAUGAACUUUUCCAGUCCAUAAUGGAACAUAAUGUUUCCUAUCCAAAAUCACUGUCCAAAGAAGCUGUCUCCAUCUGCAAGGGGCUAAUGACUAAACAUCCCGCAAAGCGCCUUGGCUGCGGCCUCGAAGGUGAAAGAGACAUCAGGGAACACGCUUUCUUCAGGAGAAUUGACUGGGAGAAACUGGAAAACAGAGAGAUCCAGCCACCUUUCAAGCCCAAAGUGUGUGGCAAAGGUGCUGAAAACUUCGAUAAAUUCUUCACACGAGGACAGCCGGUGUUAACCCCGCCGGACCAGCUGGUCAUUGCUAACAUAGAUCAAUCCGAUUUUGAAGGGUUCUCCUAUGUCAACCCCCAGUUUGUACAUCCCCUCCUAGAAAAUGUAGCAUGAAACAGCAGAACGGGAACAAAUCCCGCAGUAGGAAACGGUUCUUAACCCUAAAAUUUUUAGGUUUUUGCCUUGGUUCCAUUUGGGCCUGAAAAUUAUAGGGUUAAAAAGUGUGAGAUGGGGGGGAAAGGCCACUUAGUGAGGAUUUUGGCUUUGCAACCGAAACGUCUUAAUGGGAGAUAAAUUAGCGUACGGUGCCCGUUUCUCCUACUAGAAGUCUCCACUGAAGUUCCCUGUUUUUGGUACAUUCUAUAGUUUUGUAGCUCCCUGCUGUCUUUUUGCUCCGUUUUUCACUCCGCCGCUGUUACAAAUAAUCCAAGACCCGACCUGAGAAGCACCUCCAGUUCUCAGUCCUUGCAGGGGACCAGUGCUCCCCGCUCCUAUGGGCGCCAUGGGGAGAGCAGAGCAUGGGACUGGAGAGCGCCGGGGAGGAGAGGCAUUGCAGAACGUGGUGGAAAGCAGUUGUUACCAAAACCUGGCAAAUAAAUACGAGUUGGGAGUGUGUGGGGGGGAAUGAAAUCCAAUUAGAGCCCAAAGCUUUGUGAACCGAUCCUGUAAGCAACUCCGAAUUUAAACGGUCUCCAGCAGUGGCCAGAUCUCUAGAUCUUUGCUAAGUAGCAUGUGAUAAACUCGAGGGUGAAGUUUUGUCUUUAAUAAUAAUAAUAGUAAUAAUUUUAAUAAUAUUUUUGUGAAUUUUAAUCUCCGUGAGAUUAUUCUGUGAUCCAGGGUGCCAUUGUUUGUUCAGUUGAUUUCAUUUACACCACUCCUCAAGCUCACUGUUGACUGGUUCUACUAACAAUGUUUUACUAUGAAGUUUGUUAGCCUGGAAUGUAAAACAGAACUGUAAUCCCUUACAUCUUAUUUACGUGCGUGUGUUUGUAGUCUGCAGUAUAGGGCAGUAAGUUGAAGGAAUAUUGUGUAUGCUAAAUUAACAAAAAUGCAGUCCCAGCUGACUUCCUGAUUUGUCCAGAGCAACUCGUGACAAUUAAUUGAGAAUUAGUCCUACAGUAAUCAAUUUUAACUCAGAAAACUUGGGGCUGUACAAUAAUCAAGCUUGAAAGAAGCACUUAAAGCUUGUUUUAUGGAUAGAAUGGAAUUUAAUACAUUUUGCAUAUGCUUCAUGCAAUGAAUUUUGCAUGUUUAGUAAUAACUCUUAAUAAUAAGGGUUAAUAAUAAGCAGUUCUAUAUUGACAUAAUCAUAUCAAGCAUACAGAGUAUUAUAAAAGUUUUAUAAAACAAAUUGUGCUUUAUUUGUGGAAGUUCCUGUUCUGAACAACAUCAUUUAGGUUUAGCUAAAUGUUUUCUCGCUGUUGUUUUGGGUUGUUUUUUUCUAGUUUUUGGAUAUUGCUAAUGACUUAGGGUAUCAUCUGUUUUUUUAAAUGUAGAUCUACUUUUAAACAAUAACUCUACCUGCAGGUUUUAUACAAGUUUCAAUUAGGCUUUCAUUUCAUGUCUGCUGAUUACUUACAGGGAAGGAAAUAGAUUUUAUUUGCAAUGAUGAACACUGUAAUUAAUGCAAUCUUCUCCUCUCCUAUCUCACUUAGAUACAAAUUUUGAUAUUUCCUCUUAACCACUUACCAGAAGAUCUUAAUUCAAAUAUCAGUAAAUAUUUUUGUGCUUACUUUGGUUUUGUUACAGCAUGUAAAAUAGUAGGCGGUGCGUUUUCCUUUUUUUCCCUUCUGCCUUGUCAAUGGUAGCAGCCAUAGGCACUCUUUGUCUGUCAGAUGUGCAUGACGAUGCCAGAAGCAUGAUGUCUCUGUUGCUGCAUGCAGACUGAAUACAGUUUUUCCAGCAUGUGAACAUACUCAAGAAGUCAGAUAUUUGCCAUGAAAGACUUACAUUUAUACUAGAAUAUGUAAUCGGAGGGUGGCGGUGGGAGGGGGGCAGGAAUCUACUUUCUAAUCAUCUUUUAUUACAAUAAAACAUCGAGCCUGUGCCAAAGAUUCUGCCAGAAAGAUCCAGUCCUGCAGACUGGAUGGCGAUGAUGUGCAGGAGUGACCCCGUGGCACCUGGGACAAUUUGUGAGCAAAGCACGGUCAGAUGUGAACAGAAGCGUCUGCGCGGCGCUCCUGCACCACGUAUGCCUUCCGAAGCCGUCCUUUGGCGUCUGGGAUUUGCAGCACUCCAGUUGUGUGAGCAGCCCUGCUCCCUUCGUGGUCACAGCCCUUGGUUGGAGCAUCCCCACGGAGGGCUCAGCCCAUGGUGGAUGGACCCAGCGCAUCCCCCAACGAACAGCUCCCCAGAUUGUUGCCUAAAUAAAAGACCUCAACCAUUUUAACAUAUUUUAGGAGUACAAUUUUUCAACUAUCCCGUGGCAAACAUGUCAUCAGCCAAGUCUGGGCAUUCAUUUUUCUCUUUGUGUAUUAUAUACCUGAAGAUUAUGGUAUGUUGUUCGCCAUAAAGCAUGUGGACUAACGCAGCAUUCACGACUAUUUCUGUCUUUCUGAUUAUUAGUAGCCUGCCAUAGUUUGGGGAUAUCUCGGUGUCAUGCUGUAGAAGGUAAUAGAUUGUGGAGGUCAGAUGUUGAGGAAAUAAGGGAGCUCUCAGUGUUUAAAUCUGCUAGGAGCAGGCAGCAAGUGGUGUAGGAAUGUGAAAGGGAGGCUUCUGAAAAGGAGACUAGUUGUCCUCUAAAGGUCCCUUCCAACUCAAAUGAUUGUAUGGUUCUAAGAAAAGGAAAAUACGAGGAGAUAGAGCAAAGCAUGGGUUUGUGGAGCAAGGAAAACAGCACGUGGUGCAGCUCCCCAACCUAGAAAGAGGCAGGAGAGAAAACCAAGAGAUGUUCCUGAAUCUGUUGUUUCUCCUGAGGAGCUGUGCUGGGAUGUCCAUCUGGAAGUGGUUGCUGCUGGCAGAGCAAUGACGUGGUGCUCUCACUGGCAGUAAGGAGCUGAUCCAGCCUCUGAGCAGAGCUGCUCGCUUUGUGGCUGUUCCUCAUAAAACAUUAAAUGUCCAGCAAGUACUUUCCCAUGUUUUUUAAUGCAGGUGUUAUUUAUAAAAUGUUUCUCACAAGAUGUGGCUUCCUAGACAGAGAGCAUUUGUCAGCCAAGGCAUUAGGACUGCUUUUCUUUCCCUCAUACUCAAUAGCAAAGGCAUUCCACUCUCCCUCCUAAUGGAGCGAGGCCAUCCCCAUGAAGGAUGUGACGGAAACAUUUAAUGUGACUUUGAGUUCUUGGUGACUUUGAGUCCUUGUCAUCAUGAGCAUUAUUGUGCAUUUAGGUUCCAUCUGUUUGCAGCUACAGGGUGUGAGUGCUGUGUGCUAGGCAGGCACUGAGCUGCAGUGUAGUACUAGAGCAGCUGAGAUACAGCUCCAUACACUUACAUGUAGUAGUUGAGUGGAAGAGUUGAAUAAGAGUUGAAUCCAAAGUAGUUGAGUGGAAGAGUUGAAUAAGAAUUGACUCCAUAAACAUGACUUCAUAUCAACCAGUGGCCAUGCCAGCAGCAAUUGGUGAUCAGUAGCCUUACAACAAGGAACCAUCGUGCACUACAGCCCUUCUGCUCCCAGAGAAUCACAACAGAGAGGCUGAGCCCCCGGGCUGCUGCUGUCCCUGCCUCAGUUUCUCUCUGUCAAAUGAGGGUAAUAAUACUGCCCUGCACGGGUGUGAGGACUUCUCAGUUCAUGUUUCUAAUGCCCUUGUAACCUGGGAAGAGUUGUAUAAGUAUUACUAUAAUUUUUACAAUUGUAUCAGCAUAUUCGACUCGCGUGGUAUCACUGUUUAUUCAUGGGGUGUUUCUACUUUUUUGUAUGACUUAAGAAAUUCUACUGAAACCAUUCGAAGGAGAACACAAACAGAUGUGAUACGUUUCUUCCAGAUUGCGGAGUGCAGCCUUUGCUGAGGGGUGAGGGAGGAGGUGACACUGCUUGGGUCAGUGCGGCUCUCUCCUCUCCAAACACUGAGAUUCUAUGUGAUAAUUCCAUGUCAGUUGAGGUCUUAGCAGAACUGACAGUUGUAGGAUAUGAUUCCCUAUGGGUAAAUACCAUUAGCACAGCACUUUUCUAAUAACAUUUAUACUGACUCCUGCUGGAGGAGUGAUAUUUGCUACGCGGCUGCUCCAUCUGAGACAGUUUUAUUCCAGUGAGAUUUUAGUGUAUUCCUGUGCACAUCUCACGCUUUUCUGUUGCUUCCGCGUGACGCCGCAGUCCAAAUUUAAAAGCCAGAAGUGUUGGUGGCAGGAAUGUCUUAACAGAGAGGGAAAUGAGGUCUCUGUGAUUUAUAAACCUUUUCCCAUCAAUUAUUGGAAGUGGUACAGCUGUAUUCCUCCCAGUCACAGGGAAGCAAAGCUGUUGAUGGCAGUGAUGCAGGUGCUUUGAUCUUUCCAAGGUCCGGAGUGCAGCUGUCUUGGAGCAAGGCAGUAAGGGAAGAACACAGCGCCCAGCACCCAACCGGUGCUCCACAGCUUCACUGGAUCCCGUCCUGCUCCCAGCCCCAGCAGCGCUCCCCACGGCUCCCACCCUGCCCAGCACAGCCCCAGCCCUCACACAGAAGCCAACAGAGCCCUUCACCAGUUCUCUUAUGAGCUAUUAACAUGAAUGUAAGAAAAAUAAUUUCAACGACCUGAAGCGUGCCAUCUCUUUUGAACACACUUGGGGCGACCCCAACUCCUGUUUGAUUUUGUACAACGAUGCAAAACACACCUGAAACGUUUGAAAUGAUUGCAUGUUGUUUCAACACUAUCCUUUAUUUAAACAAGGAGCCGUGCUACCUUGAGUCAUUCAUAUUUAUGGAUGUUAUUUUAAUACCCGACGCUUGUAUUUAUAAAGAGGAGAACAUUAUUCAUUUUCUCAUGGUUUAUUUUUCUGCAAGAUGCUACCGGGAAACUGAGAGAUGCCAAAUCAGAAAAACCACAUUGGAAGUGUAGUGGGCAAAACCGGUCUAUAAAUUACAGCAUCUUUUUUUUUUCCUUUUUUUUUCUUUUUUUCUUAUUCCUCAAGAUCUUCAGUCUUUGUUGGCAUGAAACACUUUUGUUAAAUAUGAAUUGUAGUUUCAAAGCAAGUGUGUGCAAAUAAAAAUACUGAUCAUUA